AUGGCGAAGUUGCCACCGUCGCUGCCGCAGGUGCGAGAAAGAGCCUCUUUUUGGAGCGCCUCGUCGUCCUUGCCCCUUGAAAUUCCGGACGAAAAUUCUGUGUGCCCGGAGGCUUUGGAGGUGAGCCGGCUGCUCUGCGGCCUGCAGCGGAGUUUGGUGCCAGGUGCUGACAGCAGCGUGGACUUCCUCUGCAACAAGUUCUCUGAGCUGAUUGAAAGGCUCAAGAGGGCCGAGGCUGGCGAGAAGUCGGAGAUUCAAAACUGCCUGGACUUGGAGGAGACCUUGCGAUCCGAAGAGCAGACGUCGGAUGCAGAGAGGAGGCGGCUGGAAGUUGCGACGAUCUCCGCUCGGGAGGAGACUCGGAAAGUGGAGUCCCAGGUGGCAGAGUCUCACGAGCAGCUGGGCAGCUCCCGGGAGCAGCUGGCAGCGCUGCGCGCCGAGACGGAGGCCCUCGCUGAGAAGAAGAAGGUGCUCGAAGAGCUUUGUCGAAAGGAGCGAGCAAAGGCUUGCGAAGCUCAGGGCCGGCUGCGACGGCAGCAGCUGCUUCGGCCGCAAGCCGCAGAAGAUGCUCGGCGGCUGGGGGCUCAGCUGCAGUCGCUGAACCUUCGCUGUGCAGCCGUUGUCGCAGAGAUU